AUGCUCCGCCUCUCCCCCUGUGCCCUCUUCCCCCCAACGCUCCCCCUCAUUCAUCCCUGUGCCCUUUGGCCCUCCCCAUGCCCCCCCUCUUUCUCCCCUGUGCCCCUUUCUCCCCAUGCCCCCCCUCUUUCUCCCCUGUGCCCCUUUCUCCCCAAGCCACCCUCUGUUCCCAUUGUGCCCCUUUCCACCUUAUGCUCCCCCUCACGCCACUCCCCAUGCCACGCCCCACGAGCGCAGAUGUCGGAGGAGGUCAUCUGGGAGCUUUUCGUGCAGGCGGGGCCCGUUGGUGAGCCACGGGGUUGCAGGGGGAGUGGGGGACGGGCUGGGGGCUGUUGGGAGGAGUGUGGAGGGGUCAUUAAUCUGCUAGAAAGGGGCUGGGAAGUCUGGUGGUUUUAUUCCACCUCAUGUGCCACACAUGCCUUGUGUCACUCCUACUCCCCUUUCCUUUCUUGCCUAUUUCUGCUCCUCACUUUUCUCCAUGUCUCCCCGAACCCUUCCUCUUCGACCUGCUUCCCACUCCCAUCGCCAUCCCCUCUCCCUCGCUCCUCUUUCCUCACUCCUCGCCCAGAUGCCUCAUGCAUGCACGCACCUCAGUUCUCCCCCUCUCCAAAUCCCCCUUUCCCCCCCACUCCGCUGCUCCCGCCAGUGAACGUGUAUGUGCCCAAGGAUCGAGUGACAGGGCAGCACCAGGGGUACGGCUUUGUGGAGUUCCGCUCCGAAGAGGAUGCCGACUAUGUGCGUGACGGGGGUCAGGACCGCCGCACUGUGGACGUUGGUGCCAACCUCUUCAUUGGCAACCUUGACCCUGACGUGGAUGAGAAGGUGCUAUACGACACCUUCAGUGCUUUCGGUGUCAUCGUCACCAACCCCAAGAUCAUGAGGGAUACAGAGAGUGGCAACUCCAAGGGCUUCGGAUUCAUAAGCUACGAUUCAUUCGAGGCGUCUGAUGCUGCUAUUGAGGCAAUGAACGGGCAGUAUCUGUGCAACCGAGCCAUCUCGGUGUCGUAUGCCUUCAAGAAGGACACCAAGGGGGAGCGGCACGGCACCCCUGCAGGUCACUUCUCUCCAUGUGCCUCCUGA